AUGGCCCUUCCUACUAUAUUCAUUAUCUGUUUCGCCCUAAUAGUUACAUCCUUCCAUCUAGUCCGCAAGAUCAAUAGAGCAAUCCAAAUCCGCCGAUUUGAGAAAGAACAUGGAUGCUUUCCUCCUCCACAAGUCCGUCAUAAAGAUCCCUUCCUGGGCCUUGACGCUCUACGAGAAGUCCUAGAUGCACUUCGUGAACAUCGUUUCCUAGAACUAGGGCGCAGCAACUAUCGACGCUAUGGGAACACUUUUCGGACACGGAUUCUCGUUUCGACUGAUGUAUGCACCAUUGAACCAGAAAAUAUCAAGACCGUUCUGGCGGUCAAGUUCAAGGACUUUGACCUGGGUGAGGCAAGACGGCGGGCAUUCUACCCGCUCUUGGGCAACGGUAUCUUCACAGCGGAUGGGCCUCAGUGGGAGCAUUCUCGCACCCUGUUAAGGCCGAGUUUCGCGAGAACACAGAUCGCGGCGACCGAUAUGUACGAGAGACACGUACAGAAGUUGAUCAGCAAUAUCCCUCGAGAUGGCUCGACGGUAGACCUGCAGGAGCUAUUCUUCAAGUUGACCCUGGAUACAGCAACGGAGUUUCUGUUCGGCGAAUCGGUGGAGUCGUUGCGUCCUGAAUCCUCCGCCAAGUCCUCCAGAUUCGCCCAUCAUUUUAAUAAUGCUCAAGAUGGACUUUCUCAUAGAUUCGCCCUUGGACCGUUUGCCGGAUUAGGUGGUCCUUCCGGUUUCAAGGAGUCCGUGCGAGAAGCGAGGGGAUUUGUCGAUGGCUUUGUCAAGAAGGCGAUUGACUAUAGAGCCUCCGUCGAUUCCGAGAAAAAUGCAGCUGACUCCGCAGAGCCACAAUCACGAUACGUUUUCCUCCAAGAGCUAGCAAAACAAACCAGCAAUACGACCGAACUCACCGACCAGAUACUCAAUAUUCUGCUUGCCGGGAGAGACACCACAGCUAGUCUGUUAAGCAUGGUAUUUUACACGCUUGCGCGACGUCCUGACAUAUGGAAAAGUCUCCAGCAAGAGAUUUUCCCUCUCGACGGACAAUGUCCAUCCUUCGAACAGCUCAAACAAAUGAAAUAUCUAUCAUGGGUCAUCAACGAAACGCUGCGCUUGUAUCCCAUAGUCCCAUCCAACGGACGUAGGGCGAACAAAGACACCUUUCUUCCGGUCGGCGGAGGACCGGACGGAAAGUCGCCCGUAUUUGUCGCCAAGGGCCAACAUGUCAACUACGACGUGCAUGUCAUGCACCGGCGAAAGGACAUUUAUGGCCCCGACGCCGAUGAGUUCCGACCAGAACGAUGGGAAGCCCUCCGACCGGGCUGGGCGUUUGUCCCGUUUAAUGGGGGGCCUCGAAUUUGCCUAGGGCAACAGUUCGCUCUGACAGAGGCAUCAUAUACGAUUGUACGAAUCUUGCAGGCGUUUAAGGGGAUUGCCAGUCGAGAUCCGCAGCCUUGGCAGGAAGCGUUGGCACUGACACUGGCGAGUGAUCAUGGCACCAAGGUGGCUAUGGUACCGGUGUAGAUGGAGAUGUGUUCCCUUAUUUGUGGCACGUACGCUGCAGAGGAACCCAUCUAUACAUAAUUUAGUUUUAUUGCUUGAAACCGUGCGUGUCGUUGGCAUCGCUACGUUUAUUGCACCGGUCAUAGUGGGAGGGCUCAAAAGCACGCAGAUUCAAGUUUCUGACGUGUCGUUUCUCACCAAAAGCCACCUUUACUUAGUACUGCCUACCGUGAAGGAGAAACCCCCUUCUUCCUUAGAAACAAA